CCCGGUUCUGGCGAAUGAGGAGGGCUUAGCGCCAAAUACAAACGCUUCUCUGUGAGGGAGCCGCUUCGGACUGAAAGAGCUGGUAUUCAUGACGACUCACCAACGAUUAAGUCAGGCUGAGUUCCGCCGAGUCCCUGUUAAAGCACAAGCCCGGGUACGGGUUUGUGUACGGUUGCGCCCUGGUGUGGGAACAGGACAGGGUCAAGAUGCCCCAUGUGUACGAGGUGUGGACUCCCGUUCCUUGGAGAUCCUCAACUGGAGAAAUGAGAUGGAGACAAUGAAGUACCAGUUUGAUGCCUUUUAUGGUGAAAAAGCCACCCAAAAUGACAUCUACGUGGGAUCCGUUCAACCUGUCCUGUGCCAUCUGCUGGAGGGCCAGAAUGCCAGCAUCCUGGCCUAUGGGCCUACCGGAGCAGGUAAGACACACACCAUGUUGGGGAGUCCGGAUCAGCCAGGGGUGAUACCGCGAGCGGUUCGGGAUCUCUUGCAGAUGACAAGGAAUGCUUCAGGGGAUGAGUGGAAGUACUCUGUUUCUAUGUCAUACCUGGAAAUCUACCAAGAGAAGGUUUUGGAUCUCCUAGAGCCCUCGCUCCAUGACUUGCCAAUCCGGGAGGAUCGUAACCACCAUAUUCUGGUGCCUGGCCUGACACAAAAAGAGAUCACCAGCUUUUCAGACUUUGAAAGCCUCUUCCUGCCUGCCAGUUGCAACAGGACUGUGGCAUCCACACAGUUGAAUCAGCGCUCAAGUCGCAGCCACGCUGUGCUGCUGGUAUGGGUGAGCCAAACCCAGGGCUGGCCCCCGUAUGCACGCCGAGCUGCCAAACUGUGCCUCAUUGACCUAGCUGGCUCGGAAGACAACCGGCGGACAGGCAACAAAGGCCUGCGUCUGAAGGAGAGUGGGGCCAUCAACACUUCGCUCUUUGUGCUCAGCAAGGUGGUGGAUGCCCUCAACCAAGGGCUGCCUCGGGUACCCUACAGAGAUAGCAAGCUUACCCGUCUCUUGCAGGAUUCCUUGGGUGGCACUGCUCACAGUGUGAUCAUUGCAAACAUUGCCCCAGAAAAGAGAUACUACUACGACACCCUCACAAGCCUCAACUUUGCUGCCAAGUCCAAGGAAGUGGUGAAUAAGCCCUUCACACAGGAAACCUUGCCAGAUAUGGGAGCAGCCAAGAGACCUUGCGCAGAUGCCAGUGACGCAGGUCCUGAGGCAAAGAGACCCUGCAUUGAGGAGGAACACCAAGCUGAGGUGGAAGAGAAGCCACUCAGCUCCUUGAUACCUCUGGAGAAUCUUCAGCCAGCUGUGGCCCAGCGGCUGUUGCGCUUGGAGGCCCUGGAAAAAGAUCACGCGAGGGCUGGGAGCCAUGGGCUGCCCCUUCUCAACACCCCACGCAGUGAGCGGCUGGGCCUUGUGAAGCAGCUGGAAGAGACGCGGCAAAAACUGAAGGCUCUUGAAGAGAGACAGCUGGAAAUGGAGGCCAAAGCUAUUCAGAGUAAUGAACAAGCGCCUGCUCUACAGAUGCCUGCCAAACUCCGAAAAAAGGCAGUGGUAUUGCCCCUUCAGAAGGUGCAGACACCUGAGAAGACCCAGGAAGAAGACAGUGUUACCAUCGUACAGCAGAAAAAAAGAGGACGGAAGAAGAAGACCUCAACCUCCAGCUGUGAAAAUGAAGCGCCCACUGAAUGGGAGAUGGCUUUGCGACCUGAUCUGCUGGCUCGCAGCAAAGGGAACAUCUUGGCCCUCCUGAACACUGGCUCGGAAAAAGAUCUCAUAGCUCUGCACCGGAUUGGCAAAAAGAAGGCUCGGCUUAUUGUAGCCUGGAGAGACCUCCAUGGGUCGUUUGAGAAGGUAGAAGACUUAGAAAAAAUUGAAGGGGUCUCUGCCAAGCAAGCAGCUUCCUUUCUAAAGGCAAAUAUCCUGAGCAGUUUUGGAAGCCUUCAACCACUAAACUGAUUCCGCAAUCCAAUUCCUCUGCCCCUUGACUUUUAUUAACAGUGUACUCCGUUUUAAUUUUUGUACGCUUAAAUGAAUUAGAGCAAAAUACAAAAUUCUGAUAUAUUUAAAAUUCCUCAUCUUCCUUAUAUGUAAUUCAAUACAACAUUCAUUACUAGAGAAGAAUGAAUCUGCUUUUAUGAGGGGAAAAUCUGUAAAGUGUGUAUGGUCCUCAGAAGGAUGAGUUGGACACUGGCUGUCUCUUAGUAGCUGGGUUUCAGGAUAUUUAGGAUGGCAAAAGCAUUCUUCCAACAGUUUAGGCCACAGCAUAGACUGCAUCAUGUAUAGUUUUUAGUGUGUCUAGGAUGUUUGUUUUAAUUUUUUUUCAUUUAUACCCAACCUUUAUCACCUCCGUUUUAUCCUCCCACCAAUUCAGUAAGGCAGGUUUGGCUGAGACAAUUUAAUUCGCCAAGGUCACCCAGCAAGCUUCCACUGCAGAGUUAGGAGUUGAACCUGCGUCUCUGAUCCUGUUCUGACAUGCUAACUAUUCUGCCAUACUGGCUCUUGGCUGUAACAAACUGAAUCAUUGAUCACUUUUGGGCUUUAGAUGGAAAAUAUUCUUGUGAAUGCAUAUACAACUUUGGUCUGGUUCAGAGGGCAGUCUAUGGUGCUGCCAGCCCAGCACUAGGUAAUUAAUUAUACAUGAUCCUUGCAUUCCUCUGCAAAAGAAUAGGGAAGAGUUUCAGUGAAACACAGCUGGACUUCUAAAACUACAUCAGGAACCAUCGUUGCCAAACAAACCAGGGUAGGAGAGAAGUUGGUGUGUCUUAAGACCAGGAUUCAAAUCCCCUCCUAUGAUGCUUAUUUGGAUGACUUUGGGCCAGACACUCAGCCUAACCAACCUCAGAAGCUGGUUAGCGACAUAAUAAAUGACAAAAAUAAAAAUAGGGUAAAGUAAGAUCUCUGCAUUUAGCCCUCAGCUCCUUGAAAGAAUGGUAGAAUAAAAAUGCAAGAUAGCUGUUUCAGGUGGACAUUUUGUCAGUCAUAAUGACUAAAUAGAGCCUCAGUGUGCAGAAGCAGCUUACUUAUAAAAAUCACUUCUAUGGGCAGCUAUGGAAGGUUUUGAUCCUCAUGAUCUGCCUAUAUGCUUAACAGGAUCAUUCUUGAAAUGGGUGCUGAUCCAUGAACACUUAUGCUAUA